GGCGGCACUGCGCCCAUCUUCUCCGCCUCGCAGGCCCUACAGAUGUCGCCACGGUAGUGUGACGUGGCUCAGUCUCUCUUCCUCUCCAGGCGCGGCUUCCCUUUGAAAAAUACUAGCGAUGCGACCGGUUUCGGUGAGGCCAUCUUCCGGAUAGACGCAUCGGGGAAUCCUUGCUGCUCCGACUGCAAGCCAGAGUAUCAGAAAGGGGGAAGGAGGGAGAUAGCAAUCGUGCUUUGGAUGGCAUAAAAGAGUGCUGGAGAAGACACUGACUGCGGGGGAGGUGCGGUCGGCUGCAAUUGGGGGGUGCCGAAGGAUAUGGAUUUUCAAAAGUCGUAAUUUGACCAGGGUUAAAAAUGAAGUCUCUGAUGCGCGGCUUCAUCUCAGAAGCAUUUGUUCGACUUCUGCUUUUAGCCGUGUUUCUUGUUACUGAAGAGCUUCCACCAUUUAUUCGUCAGAUUCAGCCAGAAGAGCUCUGGCUUUACAAGUAUCACCAUGUGGAAUAUGACCGUGUCCCCACUACAGCAAUGUUUAGCAUUGCCUGUUUAGUGCCUCUGAUAGUCAUCGUGCUCUUCACAAUCCUGUGGAGAGCAGACAAGGGAGACCUUCGCGAAGCAUUCUUAGCAGUAACACUGGCCUUGGGGCUGAACGGAGUAUUCACUAACACGGUUAAGCUGAUUGUUGGCAGACCCCGGCCGGAUUUCUUCCUCCGCUGUUUCCCGGACGGGAAGGCGAACCCUGAGAUGCAGUGCAGUGGCGACCUUGACAUGGUAUUGGAGGGUAGAAAGAGCUUCCCCAGUGGACAUUCCUCAUUUGCCUUUGCUGGCCUGGGCUUCACAGCAUUUUAUCUGGCUGGGAAGCUGCACUGCUUCAGCCCGGCGGGACGAGGCCAAGCUUGGAGGCUGUGUACCUUUCUUACGCCUCUCAUCUUUGCUGUCAUGAUUGCUCUCUCCAGGACCUGUGAUUAUAAGCAUCACUGGCAAGACGUGGUGGUUGGGUCAUUGCUGGGGCUGGCUUUCUCUUACCUGUGCUACAGACAGCACUACCCAGCCCUGAAUGACACAGACAGCCACAGACCCCUGAGAAACAGAGAGGCUCUUCCUGCUGCCCAGGAGCGCAAACUGGUUAAUUCCAACCACAUUCUGCCCUUAUAGGUUUUCUGCAAUGUGGUCACUUCUACAAAUCCUUUGGGGUGAGUGUGGAUUGGGGACAAGGGUAACUGUUAUUAUGGUCACAAACCUACCUGUUUGGUUUUUGUCCUGUUAUUACAUUAGUGUAUGUGCAUAUGUGUGUGUGUGUGUGUGUGUGUGUGUUUUUUUUUUUUUUUUUUUUUUUUUUUUUUUACAGAACAUAGUUCUGUUUGAUAUGUAGCUUAAUCUGUGUUGGCAUCCAUGUCUUGCUUUAAGUGCAUAAGAUCUAUGGAGCUUCAAAUAUGACUUGACAUUUUGGAGUCUUCCUAAAACUGUUCCAGGAAAUGCUACCUGGGAAUGCAGUGGCUGCUGAAAUGUGUAGUGUACAUUCCCAAUUGUUCAACCUAAUAGUGUUUCAAUAGAUCGUUGGGGAAUUUAAGUAUUUAAGAAUUAUAGCACAAUGCUGAAAGGGACCUGGGCAAAUGUAUACAUUUAUAUUUAUGGUUUUUGAAAAUGUGGAGCUCAUUGUAUAUGUUAAGCUUUAAAAACCAUGCAGUGUCAUUUAUUGUGAAACUCUAAAACCUGUCAUCUACAGGAGAUUGGAAGAUAAUUGCUCAUUUUCUAUUUUUUGUGUAAUUUUCUUACAUUCCUUCUUACAAGAACCUUGAAAAAGAAAUGAAAUUCCUCUUCUAUGUCCAUAUACUGUUGAAAAUUAGUAAAAUACGUGCAGUGUACUUGUAGAACUUUUUUUUUUUAUUAUCUAUCCUGUGCAUUUUCCUUUUCUCAGCUGAAUUACCUUGAAAUCCCUAACAUAACUUGGCUGGCCAGUUCAAACGCAUUUGGUCCCACAGGUUGUGGGUUAUUUCUGGGAAUACUUCUUACUGGUGCUGUUUGAAAUAAACAUACAUGUGAGACAUGUGUUUCCUUACUAAA